AUGGUGUCGUCCCUUUCUCGCGAAUACCCUCGUCCGCUGCCCCCAUUCGACAUCUCUUUCUUGCAUGACGUGUGGCAUCGGGGAACGUUGUGGCGCUCCAAAAGUGUUGAGUUAGCCGCGAGACAGGCGUUAACCGUUCCCUCAGCCAAGAGGCUGUUGGACAACUGGUUAGCGGGAAUACAGCCUGGAAGUAGUGAGGAAACAGAUAUAAUGCUAAUAUUUGAAUACCUUCCGAUACUGGCUCGUACAAUGCCACCGAACAACCUUCGGUAUCCAGUCGAGAACUGCUUGGCUGAAGCCUUUUCGCAUAAAUCAGAUUGCUUCGUAAAUCAACUGCGACUGAUCAGAGAUUGUUUGGAAUGUGAGAGGAUACACGAAGCGAAUAGAACUUGGUUGUGCCAAGCUGUCGAAGGAUAUUUCUCGCUGAUUAAUGAAGAUAGCCCGCUAUGGCCAGAAUACGUAGAAUGCAGUCUUUCCUUAUCCACAAAGUAUUUGGAGAGAAUGACAUCCCCUAGUGGAUGGUGGGAGGUGUCAAGUGAUCUUUUACGCAAAUCUAUGCGCACGCGCAGCGCUUUAGCAGCUAGAACUGAUACAACUGCCCCACUUGUGUGGCUUAACGAAUCUAUUGAUGCGCAUGCACAGCAAAUACUUGAACAGGAUUAUUCCCUUCGAUGUAUAAUGGAAGCCCUGAGAGUGGCCAGACAAGAUGACCCUGCAACAAAACACUGGUUCUUACAACUGAUGGCUCGUACUCAAGUCGCUUUUAAUGAGAUGGAAGACGAAUCGUCAAAGCUUUAUCUAUGCGACGUAUUCAUGCUUUCGUCGAUCAUGCUCAGCGGCCUUUGGUCCUUCGAGCCGGACAUUGAAGCUGUGGUGUCGAGCCGGACAAAUAGACAAACUUUAAUGCCUGCAGCUUUAGCUUCGCUGCUGAAUAGAGAUGCAUGGAAGGAUUGCACCCUACAGAUGUUAGAGUGGUUAUGUCACACUCGUGAUGCAACGCAAGAUGAGGGUACGUCGCGUGCCUGUCAACGGACCUUAUUAGCUUUGAGGCACUCCGAACUAUUUAUCACCCAUAAGAUAUGGACUAGACUAGAACACCACUUUGGAAAUAUGAUACCCAAUCUCGAAGAUUAA